CUACCUUAAGGAAGAGCCGGCAGGGGACGGGCUGGAGAGAUCGGGGGACCCCGGUGUUACGGGCGGCCCAGACGCAUUGCGCAAGGGUGGGAGGGAGCGGCGGGGCCCCGGCGGACGACACCGGGACCGGGGGGAGGGCAGAAAAGGAGCCGGCCGGGGCAACGAAAGACGAGCUAUAAAAACAAAACACACACAAAGGAAAAGAGGAAUACGAGUCCGCUUCACCAGGCGGCCGUCAGAGCAGCUCUUGCGGGGACAGCGAUGGCGGAGGUGUACUGAAGAGAGGGGGCCCGAGGGGAAUCCUCAUCUGCAAGCGGAGCCUGGGGACAAGGGCAAGAAAACAAAAGCUAGGCUAAGGAGAGGACUGGGGAAGUAGGAGAGCCUGAAGCCGGAUCGUCACUGAUAACUGCCUGGGAUCCGCUUGCGACCAAGGAAGGGAUACUGUGUCUGCGAUAACCCUAUCGGCCUGCACUGAAGGCAACUGAGAAGGAAGAUAAGCUUUUCUUUUUAACUUUUCCUCGUCUCAUCUUUCUGAUGCCCGCAAUAAACGUCUGUCACUGUCCAAGUGGCAUUGAAAAGUGCAUGGACGGACACGUCGUGGUCAUUUUUCUUUUUCUUUUAAACACAACGCCUCUGCCUGAUACUACUCCCUGCUCGUCGUUCCGCACUAUCUAACCGUGUGGGGAUUGUUUUGUCUUUAGUUUUUUUAAUGGUAGCUGUCAUACGUAUGUAGUAAUUUUUAACACUUCACACCCACAAAAAUUGACGGCACAUUUGUAAUAAUACUUCGUGUGGGUUUGAUUGUAGUUAUAUUGGUAAAACCUUAAGAAAUCCCACAAAGUGGACAAAGAGCACAGUCUUUCUCCGUCGCGACCGGCGUGAGGGCUGCAGACACUCGGCUCCAGUAACUCGGCUGUGCUUCCCUCGCCCCUCCCCCAGCUUCAGCGGAGUGUCCCGGCAGCCCGGCGGGCUCCGAGGUUUCGUGAUCGGGGCGGUGGAAGAGGGGUGGGGAUCCGCCGCUGAGUGUUUAAAAGGGAGGAGAAGUCCACGGAUGUGAUGGAACUGAUGUUCGCUGAGUGGGAGGACGGAGAGCGGUUCUCUUUCGAGGACUCGGACCGCUUCGAGGAAGACUCGCUGUGCUCUUUCAUCUCCGAGGCAGAAAGCCUGUGCCAGAACUGGAGAGGAUGGAGGAAACAGUCCGCCGGACCCAAUUCACCCACCGUAAAAAUAAAAGAUGGCCAGGUCAUACCCCUUGUGGAGCUGUCGGCCAAGCAGGUGGCUUUCCACAUCCCCUUCGAGGUGGUAGAGAAGGUGUACCCCCCUGUCCCUGAGCAGCUGCAGCUGCGCAUCGCCUACUGGAGCUUCCCAGAAAAUGAGGAGGACAUCAGGCUGUAUUCCUGUCUAGCCAAUGGCAGUCCUGACGAGUUUCAGCGGGGGGAGCAGCUGUACAGAAUGAGGGCUGUGAAGGACCCUCUCCAGAUUGGAUUCCAUCUUAGUGCCACAGUGGUGUCCCCGCAAGCUGGCCAGUCCAAGGGAGCCUACAACGUAGCCGUGAUGUUUGACCGCUGCCGCAUCACUUCCUGCAGUUGCACUUGUGGAGCCGGGGCCAAAUGGUGUGCCCACGUGGUGGCGCUGUGCCUCUUCAGAAUCCACAACGCAUCAGCAGUGUGUCUGCGAGCCCCCGUCUCUGAGUCUCUGUCUAGGCUGCAGAGAGACCAGCUGCAGAAGUUUGCCCAGUACCUCAUCAGCGAGCUUCCCCAGCAGAUAUUGCCCACUGCACAGCGCCUCCUGGAUGAGCUUCUGUCUUCCCAGUCCACUGCCAUCAACACAGUGUGUGGAGCACCAGAUCCCACUGCGGGCCCGUCGGCCUCAGACCAGAGCACCUGGUACCUGGACGAGUCCACACUCAGUGACAACAUCAAGAAGACAUUGCACAAGUUCUGCGGCCCGUCACCUGUGGUGUUCAGUGAUGUGAACUCCAUGUACCUGUCCUCCACGGAGCCGCCUGCUGCCGCCGAGUGGGCCUGCCUCCUGAGGCCCCUGCGGGGACGUGAGCCCGAGGGCAUCUGGAACCUUCUGUCCAUAGUCAGGGAGAUGUUCAAGAGGAGGGACAGCAAUGCAGCCCCACUGCUGGAGAUCCUGACAGAGCAGUGCCUGACGUACGAGCAGAUCAUUGGCUGGUGGUACAGCGUGCGCACCUCAGCCUCGCACAGCAGCGCCAGUGGGCACACGGGACGCAGCAAUGGCCAGUCUGAGGUGGCAGCACACGCUUGUGCCAGCAUGUGUGACGAGAUGGUAGUCCUUUGGAGACUGGCUGUGCUGGACCCAACCAUGAGCCCGCAGAGGCGUUUAGAGCUUUCCACCCAGCUGAAGCGGUGGCACCUGAAGGUGAUCGAGAUUGUGAAGCGUGGCCAGCACCGCAAGUCCUUGGACAAGCUGUUCCAGGGCUUCAAGCCAGCAGUGGAGUCUUGUUACUUCAACUGGGAGGCAGCCUACCCCCUACCUGGCAUCACCUACUGCAGCACCGACAAGAAGAGUGCCUCCUUUUGCUGGGUUCGGGCAGUGCAGCAGCAGCGGGGGUUGUGGGUAGGGCCGGGUGAGCCAGCAGGAGGUGAGUCAGCCAGUGGGGUGGCAGUGGGGGGUGGCCGGGCAGGUUACUCAGAGGGGACCGGGUCAGAGCACAAGGGACGUGGUAUGCUCCCGCCCCAACAGGAAGUAGCUGUCAGGCCUAAGGAGACUCUACUUAGCAAGCGGAAAGGGCUGACUGCUGGGGGGGGUGGUGGCAUGUUGGUCCGCCUGGGUGGGGGUGUUUCACUGGCACUGGAUGACAGCAGCAAAGCGGCACACAAAGCCAGUGGGUGUGGGACCUCAUCAGGUGGAAAAGGCAAGCUGCCUGUGGGUGGCAAGGUAGGGGUUGGGUCUGCGGGGGCCACGGGAGCCAAGCAUGGCAGUGGUGGCAAGCGGCGCACCAGCAGCGAGGACAGCUCCCUGGAGCCAGACAUAGCCGAGUUAAGCCUGGACGACGGCUCCAGCCUGGCCCUGGGUGCCGAGGCCAGCAACACCUUUGACUUCCUGCCACCGCCUCCCGAGAUGCUGCCUCCUCCUGGGCCACUUCUGCGGGAGCUGCGCAAAUAUGGUGGCUCCAAGGAGGCCUCCUUUGACAGCAAGCGGGCCUCGCACACCGCUCCCCCAACUGAGGUCCCACCCUGCUACCCCAGAGAGGUAGGUGAUGAGGCCAAAGGGGUGGAACUGGAGGCAGAGGCAGAGGCAGAGGAGGAAGACAAGGGUGAAGACUUCAUGGAGAGUGGCCGGCCCACUGCAUCCGUCAAGUCCCCCGACAUCCAGGAGGUGGCAGAGGGGGGUGAGCCCCAGGCAGCCGCACCCGCCCCCGCCCCCCAGGCCCCUGAUGCGGAAGUGCCGGCAGAGGCCGAGCCAGGUGGGGAGGAUGACUACCAGGCCUAUUACAUGAGUGCCGCAUCGGAAGAGGGCUGCGAGCGGGGGGCGUUGGACAAUGGCCACGAGGAGGAACCUGACAUCUUUGCUGGAAUCAAGCCGCUGGAACAAGAGGGACGCAUGGAGGUGCUGUUUGCUUGCGCUGAGGCCCUCCAUGCCCAUGGCUACAGUAAUGAAGCUUGCCGUCUGGCCGUGGAUCUGGCCAAUGACCUGCUGGCCAACCCACCCGACCUGAAGGUGGAGCAACCACAGACCAAGGGUAAGAAGAGCAAGGUGUCCACGAGCCGCCAGACACAGGUGGCCACCAACACUCUGUCCAAGGUGGCCUUCCUGCUGACGGUGCUGAGUGAGCGGCUGGAGCACCACAACCUGGCCUUCAACACUGGCAUGUUCUCCUUGGAGCUGCAGAGGCCCCCAGCCUCCACCAAGGCCCUGGAGGUGAAGCUGGCAUACCAGGAGUCAGAAGUGGUGGCUCUGCUGAAGAAGAUCCCUCUUGGUGUGGUGGAAAUGAGCGCCAUCCGCGACCGUGCCGAGCAGCUCCGGGAUGGCAGUUUUUGCGACUACCGACCCGUGCUGCCACUCAUGCUCGCCAGUUUCAUAUUUGAUGUUCUCUGCACCCCCGUGGUGUCUCCCACAGGUUCCCGUCCACCCAGCCGGAACCGCAACAACGAGAUGCCGGGGGACGAGGAGCUGGGCUUUGAAGCAGCUGUGGCUGCACUGGGAAUGAAAACUACGGUGAGUGAGGCAGAGCACCCCCUGCUUUGUGAGGGCACACGGCGGGAGAAGGGGGACCUGGCCCUGGCCCUCAUGAUCACAUACAAGGACGACCAGAGCAAGCUCAAGAAGAUCCUGGACAAGCUGUUGGACCGUGAGAGCCAGACUCACAAGCCCCAGACCCUAAGCUCCUUCUACUCUAGUAAGCCUGCAGCUGGCAGCCAGAAGAGCCCAUCCAAACAUGCUACGCAUGGGGUGGGGGGCAUGGCUGGGGGCGUCUCCAAGCACGCUGCACCUGCAGCAGCAGGGACCGUGACCUCUGUGCAGACCGUGGCCAGCGGGGGUGCUGCUGGACAACAGGCAGGGCUUCCGGGAAGUGUGCCGAGUGCAGCACCGGGGGAGAGCUUCAGCGAGAACAGUGAACAAGAUGGUGCCCAGCCCCCCAGGUGCGAGCAGCAGAGCGAAACCCCGCCUUUUAAGCCCGAGGCCACUGUGCCCAGCCGACUGGCUCUGGGAGGCCGCAGCGCGUACAGUGGCCGGUGCUGGGGCUCACCUGUCCGACAGAAGAAGAAGCAUACAGGCAUGGCAAGUAUCGACAGCAGCGCUCCUGAGACCACCUCUGAUAGCUCCCCCACGCUCAGCCGUCGCCCGCUUCGUGGAGGCUGGGCAGCAGCAUCUUGGGGGAGGGGACAGGACAGCGACAGCAUUAGCAGCUCAUCCUCAGACUCACUGGGCUCGUCGUCGUCCAGCGGCUCACGCAGGGCAGGAGGUGGGGCUAGAGCCAAGAGUGCUGAUACCAGCAGGUAUAAAGGGCGUCGUCCUGAGUGCCAUGCCCCUCACGUCCCAAACCAGCCCUCAGAGGCUGCCGCCCACUUCUAUUUUGAGCUAGCCAAGACUGUGCUGAUUAAGGCCGGAGGCAACAGCUCCACCUCAAUCUUCACUCAGCCCUCGGCCAGUGGUGGCCACCAGGGGCCCCACCGCAAUCUGCACCUCUGUGCUUUUGAGAUCGGCCUGUAUGCCCUGGGUCUGCACAACUUUGUGUCACCCAACUGGCUCUCCAGGACAUACUCCUCCCAUGUGUCCUGGAUCACGGGCCAAGCCAUGGAGAUUGGCAGUGCUGCCCUCAACAUACUGGUGGAGUGCUGGGACGGGCACCUUACCCCUCCCGAGGUGGCAUCCCUGGCGGACCGGGCCUCAAGGGCACGCGACCCCAACAUGGUGCGCGCUGCUGCAGAGCUGGCACUCAGCUGCCUGCCACAUGCCCAUGCCCUCAACCCCAACGAGAUCCAGCGGGCACUGGUGCAGUGCAAAGAGCAGGACAAUGUAAUGCUGGAGAAGGCCUGCAUGGCAGUGGAGGAGGCAGCCAAGGGUGGGGGCGUGUACCCUGAGGUUCUGUUCGAGGUGGCGCACCAAUGGCACUGGCUGUACGAGCAGACGGUGGGUGGGGGCACGGGCUCCCAGCGUGAGGGGCCAGGCCGCUGUGGUGCCAAUGGCGGGGCAGGGCGGAGGCAGCCCGAGGUGGGCCGUGGGGCCCUGGACGGCAGCGGACCCAUGGACCCAGGGGGGGUGGCAGUGACGGCGGCUGUCACAGCCGUUGUGCCCGUCAUCUCUGUGGGCUCCCCCAUCUACCAGUCGCACGCGAUACCCGGUUCAGCCAUCGCCCACCCUCACCCGCAGGGCCUGCACCCCUAUACAACCAUCCAGGCCCACCUGCCCUCAGUGUGCAGUCCGCAGUACCUGGGCCACCCCCUGCAGCAUGUGCCGCGCCCGGCUGUUUUCCCUGUGUCUGGGCCAGCCUACCCACAGGGAAUGCACCCAGCCUUCAUCGGAGCCCAGUACCCAUUCUCAGUGGCUGCCAGCCCUCACCCACCCAUGGCGACAGGCACAGUGACAUUCCCAGGGGUGCCUGUGCCAUCCAUGACCCAGAUAGCGGUACACCCUUACCACACAGAGGCGGGUAUACCCCUCAGCACCACGGUGGCAGGUGGUGUCCAUUCCAGCUCAACCAUCCAGGCCAUUCAGGGUGCAUCACUUACUGGUCUGUCUUCCCAGUCCACGCCAUUGGUCAGCCCGCCCUUCCCGUCCGAAGACGAGCAGCACAGUCAGCCAAUUAGCCAGCAGGGCCUGCAUUACUUGCAUUCUGCCUAUAGAGUCGGAAUGCUGGCCCUCGAAAUGCUGGGCCGACGGGCCCACAACGACCAUCCCAAUAACUUUUCCCGCAGCCCACCAUACACUGAGGAUGUCAAGUGGCUGCUUGGGCUCGCCGCCCGCCUGGGCGUGAGCCACGUGUACCAAUUCUGCUUGGGUGCGGCCAAGGGCGUGCUGAGCCCCUUCGUCAUGCAGGAGAUCAUCAUGGAGGCACUGCAGCGGCUCAACCCCGCCCACAUCCACGCCCACCUCAGAACUCCCGCCUUCCACCAGCUGGUGCAGCGCUGCCAGCAGGCCUAUCUACAGUACAUCCACCAUCGACUGAUCCACCUAACGCCAGCAGACUACGACGACUUUGUGAACAUAAUCCGCAGUGCACGAGGAGCUUUUUGCCUCACGCCUGUGGGCGUCAUGCAGUUCAACGACGUGCUGCAGAGCCUGAAGCGUGGCAAGCAGACCAAGGAGCUCUGGCAGAGGAUCUCUCUGGAAAUGGCCACCUUUUCACCCUGAGGUCGCUCCCUUGGCUGCCCACCCUCAGAACAAGCACACACAUCCCCUCUCCUGAAACACAAACGCCCUGUGCCCUUUUCCCACAGUCCUGCAUGCAGACACAUAAGAGUACACACGGCCCACAGGCUUCCCUGGCCACCAGUUUGAUGCAUCAUCAGACUAUGUAAUGGUGCUGUGGGUGGGUGACGCUGAGCUCUGGACAUGCAAAGGAUGGGGGUGUCGGAUAACUUCAGCAAAUAUUUCCCCAUCUACAUCCGGGCUGACCUAAUCCACACCUCAAAGAUUUCCCCCUUUAUUCCACAUUAGUUUUAUCUUCUGCCACCCCCACAGCUGUAUCUCUCUGAAUCUUCCAGGGAAAUAUGCCAGCCGCUCCCGUCCUCAACAAGGUCUCCAGAUGUCACCCUUCUUCAGUGACAUUGCAGGCUGGUCAAAGCCCUGCCUCCCCGCCCUUGACAGUCUUCAGUCUGGUAGAUGGUGAGCUGGCUGUGAAUGUGGUCGUUUUAAAACAGAAUUUGAUGUUGUUGGUUGGUUGUUUUAUAUGUGUAUAUACAAAAACCACUGAGUCCGUAAUCCAUACUGCAACAUUCCUCUGCCCUGGGCGGAGUAUUCCUCCACCAGCCAUUUUAGUUUUAAAGUUUGGGUAAUUCUGACAGUGAUUACAUGAGAAGGAAAAGAAAUUUAUUAAAAGAAAAAAAUUAUAUUAAAAACAAUAACCUGAGUACGGGUGACCAUUCUUUGUUUUGUUAUUUUGUAUAGAAUAUGUUUUUGAGGAGUGAAUAGGAAGAGCAAAAGUGGUAACAACAUAGGAGAGAUUUCUUAAUUGUUUGGAGGGACUCGGACAGGGCUGUGAGGCCCCAGCACACGGGCAUCUGGCUGGCAGCCACCUGAUCGGGCUAAGUAACCAGACCUAUGGUCUGAGACCAACAGUCUAAGCUGCGUGUCCCCCCGUGUGCUGUAAGCCAGCAGUCAGUCCUGUCUGGCUGCAGAGUGAACUGAAUACAAAAUGUACUGUGAUAUUUUUGUAUUAUUCAAAGUGUAGGAGAACUGGAUGAAAAUGUAUGAACAUUUUUGACUGCAGGGGGUGUAAUGUAGAAAAAUGAGGAAAAAAUGGUUAAAGCAAUAUUGAAAAUGUAGAGUUUACUUAAUAAAGAUAAUUCAAAACACUA